UACCGGCACUUCCGCCCUGGCUUCCUCAGCGCUACUGCGCAUGCCUGAUGGGUUGAUUGACGUGGCUAUUCGUUUCGCUUUUCCUCGGGUUUUUCAGAGGGAGCCCUUGCCAGCUUCUCGAGUUCCUGUGGCCUACCCACCUCCGAACAUGAGUGACUGGAUGCCCAUUGCCAAGGAGUAUGACCCACUUAAAGCUGGCAGCAUCGAUGGCACAGAUGAGGACCCACAUGACCGGGCUGUGUGGAGGGCUAUGCUGGCCCGCUACGUACCCAACAAAGGUGUUACUGGAGACCCCCUCCUUACCCUAUUUGUCGCACGACUAAACUUGCAGACCAAAGAGGAAAAGUUAAAGGAGGUCUUCUCCCGCUAUGGUGACAUCCGGAGGCUGCGGCUGGUCAGGGACCUGGUGACUGGCUUCUCCAAGGGCUACGCCUUCAUUGAGUACAAGGAGGAGCGGGCCCUGCUGAAGGCCUACCGUGAUGCUGAUGGCCUGGUCAUUGACCAGCACGAGAUAUUCGUGGACUAUGAGUUGGAGCGAACCCUCCGUGGCUGGAUCCCUCGGCGGCUGGGUGGUGGGCUGGGUGGGAAAAAGGAAUCUGGGCAGCUGAGGUUCGGGGGCCGGGAUCGGCCUUUCCGAAAGCCUAUCAACUUGCCAGUUGUCAAGAAUGAGCCACACAGAGAAGGGAAAAGAGAAAGGAGGGAGCGCUCUCGAUCCCGGGACAGACACUGGGACCCCAGGCCCAGGGAGCGGGACCAUGACAGGGGCCGAGAGAAACGCUGGCAAGAGAGGGAGAUGGCCAGGGUGUGGCCUGAGAAUGAUCGGGAAAGGGAGAGAGAGUUCAGGGAGGACAGGGUCAAAGGCAGGGACAAGAGGGACAGGAGUAAGUAGAGCCAACGGCAGCCAGCAGAGGCUUACCCAGAGGCUGCUGGGAAGGCCCUCAUCAGACUGGGGCAUUUCCCUUUCCAGUAUAGAGCCCAGGCCCAGGCUCAGGCAGACCUAAGAGAGGCUUUUGCAGUAUUGAGGCUUGAACUGGAGAGCACAAGCAUGCUAGGCAAAUGUUCCCCUACAGGAUGGGAGGGAGAAACAGCUGUUAAGUGACCUGUCUCAAUGUGGGAAUAGAAAAUGAUUGUCAUCCCAGCACUUGUGAGAUGGAGGUAGGAGUAUCAAAUGAAAGAAGGGAUAAUAAAGAAUUUGUCUUCACUUUCUCACACCCUUUGAGGUGGGGUUCAAUGUGGCAAAGGGGACAGUGGUUUAAAGCCCUUCAAUAGCCUGGUGUGGUGGCAUACACCCUCAUCCUAGCACUGGAGAGGCUGAGGCAGGAGAAUUCAGGGUCUGAAAUGAGCCUAGGUUACAAAAUAAAAAACCUGUUUCAGUAACCUACAAGAAUUAGAUGUAACACUGACAUUGA